CGGAGGCGGCGAGGGGCCCCGGGCCUUCCCGAGCGCGUCCUGCGGGAGACUCGCGUCUGACAGCCCCCGAGUUGGGGUGCUCUCCGAUAGCCACACCCAGUCCCGCCACCUGGGGCUCCGGACAUCUGCAGAAGAGACGACCCAGGCGGGCGGUCCUUAGUGACAUGGACACGGUGGCCAAUUCCUGGUCUUGGUCUGACUUCUGCUGUCCCCUCGCGCAUGACUCUGCAAGACAAUUCGGCCCCGGUAGCUUUUUUUUUUUUUUAGCCGGGACCAGGGGCCAGCGCUGUUGUGUAAAGUGGCCGCGGGGUGGGGUCCGCGGGAGUGCUCGGUGCUGUCUGUGCGGAUGGCGCCCUGGCUCGGCACACCGCCUGGCGGACUGCGUCUCACUUAACCUCUCCUCCACCCUCGAGGAGAGAGCUAUUACAUCCUCGGGGUAUAAUAUUUGGAGUCUGGAAGUAGAGCUUAAAAAGUUUCUCGAGGUUCCACAGCUGGUAGGUGGAGGGGCCAGGAUUUAAGGCCGGUCUUCCUGGCUACGGGCCCGCCCUCAGCUUUCCUCUGCCUCCCAGGCACUGUCUCAGACACCUGGAGAACUGGGAGGGACUAGGUGUGUGAUGGGCACCCCUCCACUGCUCACCAUUCAAAGCUUAGACCCCAAGGCGUUCCAGGUGCAGUGGUGAAAACUUGGGUUGUUGUGUGCCUUAAUUAAGUGCAGGAAAGGAAGAUUUUAUCAAAGUAAGGCUGUCAGUGUCUGUUCUGUUGAAGCAAGGGAUUCGGUGUCUGCAGUUUGCAGACCUGCAGCUGGCUUUUCUGUUUGUUCAUCCUACCUGUUCACUGUGCCUGGUGCUGGAGCCAUUGUCGUGACUGGCAGACAGAGGUCCUAUCUUUGAGGAGCUGAGUUCCUGGGAAGACUGACCAAGAAACAAGUAAUUGGGAUGCUGGGCGUGUGUUGGGGAGCAGUUGUAGUGGAGGGAACGGCAUGGUUUAAGGCCCAAAGAGUUCAAGAAGUCCAGGGAAGGUGAGUGUUAUUGGGCAGGGGGAGCAGUGAGAAGCAGGGGUGGGGAAAAUCAUGGAAGGAUUUAAGCUGCCGUGUGUGGAGUCCUCACUGAGAUCCCUGUUGUUGGGGGCCAUUGAGUUGAUUCUGAUACAGAUGCCCAAUGAGGUUUGAGUUUCAUGAAAACAGCGCUGACACUUUUUUUCCAAACAUAAAACCCAAAACCAAACUCUGCUGCUGUCAGGUCAGUUCUGACUCGGUCGUAGCGACCCCAUGACAGAGUAGAACUGCCCUACAGAGAUUUCUUUACUGUAAUCUUUACGGAGUCAGAUCGCCAGGUCUUUCUCCUGCAGAGCUGCUGGGUGGGUUUGAAUUGCCAGCCUUUUGGUUAGCAGCCAAGCACUCAACCAUUGCACCACCAGGGCUUCUAGUUGUGAGCAGUAGAGCCACAGGUGGGCUGUUCACUUUCCUGACCUUUAAAGUUAAGGUUGACCUGGGCCUAGCUGGAGUGGCUAAUGUUUUUAGCUCAGGUUAGCCUGGGCCCUGUGGAGGUCUGUUAAACACCAGCCUAGCAAAACACUUUUUCUCUUACUGAAUGUUUGCUCUGGGUCGGACUGUUGCUUCUUAUCUGUUCCUUCUUACCUACUUGCAUGUGUGCUUAAGAUGUUAGCAAUGCAGCCUUCUUGAAAUUUGUUAGUAAAGGAGUCAGAUGGCAGUGCACAGGGAGCUUUGGUCUGAAUUGACUUCAGAGGACAAGGGUGGAAGGAGUACUUUUCACCAAACAGAAUGGGUGUCUGCCAAGAGUCAGGUCCCACCAGAAAAACCAAAACCAACCCCGUUGCUGUCGAGUCAAUUCUGACACAUAGCAACUCUAUAGACGGAGCUGCCCCAUAGGGUUUCCAAGGAGUACCUGGUGGAUUCGAAUUGCUGACCUUUUGGUUAGCAGCCGUAGCUCUUAACCACUGUGCCACCAGGGCUCAGUGAUCACACCAGCCGCUCUUUAUCAAUAGCUUCAGUGCAUGUUUGCUCUGGCAUUAUUACAGGAUAGGUGUCAGGAAAACAACCCUGAAGUGGCCGACCCAGGCUCAUGAAAACACGAUUUGGCUGCUCCGAUUUUAGUGUUGCAUCUGGAUGUCUAAAGGUCCAGAGACCAUGUGAAGUGAAUGCAAGUGGACUGUGACAGGUGGCAGUUAAAUCAGAGCUGUGAUUGUAAAAAUUCAAUGUCAGCCACAGGGCUGCCUUCUUAGCACUGAUCCAGCUGGAAGCUGUACAACUGUGCUUCCAUUCAUAGGCAUCACCUCUGUGUCUCCCGGCCACUCCCCAGGUUGCUGGGUGGGCAAGUGCCUCUUUCUCUCAUCAGGAACAGUCUUCACGUGGUGGGGAUGGUGUCGCGCAGUCUCCGAGGACACUAACCUAUGUACCAGCCUAUGACAUUCUCAGAGGAGUGCCUCUUACGGCAACCGGCCCCGCCCUCCUCCUGCACACAGGAUGUGAUGUGGUGCUUGUCACACGUUUGUUCUCAGAACUCAAACAGAACCUGCGAAGAGUGCCUGAAAAAUGUCUCUUGUCUCUGGUGCAACACCAACAAGGCAUGUCUGGACUACCCAGUUACAAAAAUCUUGCCACCUGGGUCGCUUUGUAAGUUGAGUUCUGCACGCUGGGGCGUUUGCUGGGUGAACUUCGAGGCGUUAAUCAUUGCGAUGUCGGUGGUGGGAGGCGCUAUCCUCCUCGGUGUUGCGAUUUGCUGCUGCUGCUGCUGCAGAAGGAAGAGGAGCCGCAAGCCAGACAAGAGCGAGGAGAGGGCCAUGCGGGAGCGCGAGGAGCGUAGGAUCCGGCAGGAAGAGAGGAGAGCAGAGAUGAAGUCAAGACACGAUGAAAUCAGGAAAAAAUAUGGUUUGUUUAAAGAAGAAAACCCAUACGCCAGAUUUGAAAACAACUAAACACAACAGGCCAGCAAUCCCGGAGCUUCCUGGUGAGGUGGGGCUGCACCUCCCAGCAGCUCACCUACAGGACCUGCCACCCCCUCCCAUCCCUCCGUACCCCCGCCCCCCCAAGGUGAGCCGCGCCCUGGAGGGCUUCCCCGCCAAGGCUGCCCCGAAAGGACAAUCCUGGCCCGUCCCUGCAGACUGAGCUCUCACUGCCUCUCUUUAUUUCUGUAUCUAGCUACUUGAGACGCUAACCCACCGUUUGUUCUGUGUGAGGAAGCGAUGUGCACAUCCCACCUCUCCUGAAUCACUAAGGGAAUUUCUGCCGAGUGGCCCUGCCACACCGACAGCAUGUUCAUUCUAUGUUCAUUCUUUCUUUCAGAGCAGGAUUCUUGCUCCUUUCUGCCCCCUAACAAGCAUCAUACGGCAAGGGGGAAAGUCGUUUUUCACUCCGUCACAAGUUGAGUCAUCACCCACUGUCCCACACCAGGCCGGUAGCAUCUCUGUGUCUGUUCACACUGCACACGCAUGUUCAUUCUGCUUGGUCUUUCUUAUGGCCCAGGACCCGCCACACAUCUGACCAAGGUUUUCUUCCUAGCUUCGGCUAUGUCGAAUAGCCUUGAGGAAUGGUUAAGAUCACUUAAAAAAAAAAUUUUUUUUUUUUGACCACCUAAAAGAUUUCACAAAAAAACUUAGAUAUAAAAGUUCAGAUCCCUUAUCAAUGGAUUCUUCAGUGUAUGUCUUUAAUAGAAUAUCCGGAUUUUCUUUCAAUGGAAACUAGUUAUUAACGCAGCGACGGCUGGCUGUUACUAUGUGCUGAUGGGGCAUGAGAACGGUAGCUGCCUGGCUUGUCCUUUUCUCCCCUGCUGACGGGUGUGCCGGGCUCUCUGCAGAGUCAUCCUGCUCCAAGGUCCUCUCAGCUGAGCCCACCUCCUCCCGCAUAUGCAGGGGCUGGGAGUUGGGGAGUUAGGGGUCCCAGGUGCCAUAACUCCUCACUGGGAUGCAGCUCUGUCCAGGGCCGGCAAGAGGGCCUUUCCAUACACUACAUGGCAGACACUGACCACAGGCCUGCCUUCCAGAUGAUUCCAAACUUCGAGCCUCACUUCCCUGAGAAUGGCUUUAGCAUUGGCUCCUGCGUAAGUCUGUCUGUGGAACCUCUGCCAUCACCACUGCACGUGCCGUACGUUCUUUAAAAUCAGGAUGUGUGGCUUCAGCACCCAGACAGGCGCUUGGUGGCAAGCUUGACGUAGCUGGUGCAGAGCCUUUCUUAAAAGUCCCAUUAAGACAGUCCCAGCUGCCACAUCGCUCUGAGUUCAGCACUUCGCUUUGAAAGAAUCAGUCUGUGGGCACGUCAAACAAGUAGCAUUUUCACACUCACUGUCACGCUAUGGGGGAAGCGGUCCAGCAUAAAGUCAAGAAUGUUCACAUAGAGAGCAGAGUGAUCUGGACACUAAAAAUCAUCAAACCUCUUGAUAGGCCUUUUUAACCGCAUCAUGUCUGUAUUGUGGGUUAACAUUUCUGCUCUGGUGUUGCCGCACACUAAAAUCCUCUAACAGAUUCUUCGUUUCGUUUCUCGGACUUCUUGGGCAUUUGAUAGCAAUUUAAAGUAUUAUGAAACAUGCCUGAGUAUUUUAUGGCAGCCUUCAAAUUUUUACUUUUUACUCUAUCCAUGAAAGGAACUUUUCGUAGACUUUAGCACACUUUGUAUUAAUACAGUAGAUUAUACGUAAAUCACACUGUUUCUUGAGUUGAGGUUACUGAGCUGAAGGUAGAACGACCGCUGGUUAGAUGGAGUGUACCUAACCCUGUUGUGCAGUGUGGAACCCCAGGCCAGAGCCUCUGUGAGGUGGUCUAGCCCAUGCACUUUUAUCAGGAGCAGCCACAAACCGUAACCUCAAAGAAAUCUGUAAUCUUCGGAGUGCCUUAAUUUUUAACUGUUUGCAAUGAAAUGGUUUAAUACAAGCUUUUGUUUAGUA